AUAGUUCAUAAAUGGUAGGAGAGGAACGCAUGCGUACUCGUUUCGCGACGCAACAGUCGUAAACAACAUUUUUUCCAUAGAGAUUUUUAACGAAUUUACGCACGAUAAUUAGAGCGUCCAAAGGGACGCAUCACGAUUUUUCCGCGUUUUCAUACGAUUUCGCGGAAAAAAUGGGGUCAAGCUUACACGUUCAGUGUACGUGAUAAACUUAUGGGUUUCUGGCAUGCGGUGACGUCAUCCGGAUCGUUCUGGAAGAACCCUGCAGGACAAUAAUGGCGGAUUUGUAUGCUAAAUACAACUGCACCUAUUGUCAAGAGGACAUUUCGGGUUUACGUGUAAGAUGUGUAGAAUGCCCGGAUUUCGACCUCUGUUUGCAGUGUUUUUCCGCUGGAGCUGAAAUUGGACCACAUAAAAAUGACCACUCUUAUCAGUUUAUGGAUUCUGGUACCAUUAGCAUAUUUAAUGGUAGGGGAAACUGGACUGCUAGAGAACAACUUAGACUUUUGGAUGCCAUUGAACAAUUUGGUUUUGGAAAUUGGGAAGAUAUUAGUAAACAUAUUGAAACACGUACGCCAGAAGAAGCAAAAGAAGAAUAUAUUGCUAGGUAUCUUGAUGGAAAUAUUGGAAAACAUACAUGGCCUCCUACAGAAAGCUACAAACCAAAUAUUACAGAUCAAACUAAGUCAGAUCAUGGACCUCUAUCACCUGAUCUCACAUCUCGAUUACCACCUUUGGAUAUCACUCCAGAAGAAGCUGCACAACUGGGAUACAUGCCACAACGAGAUGAUUUUGAAAGGGAUUAUAAUCAUGAAGCAGAAUCACUUGUUUCUUCUUUAUUUUUAAAUCCAGCAGAAGAUGAUGAUUUGGAUAUAGCACUUAAACUUGCACAAGUUGACAUGUAUACUAAUAAUUUAAGAGAGAGAGCACGACGAAAAAGAGUUGUACGCGAUUAUCAGCUUGUUUCUGCAUUUUUUGCUUCAUCUAGGAAAGAUAAAACAAUAAAGAAAAAACAAUCAAAAGAGGAAAAGGAGUUUAGAGAUAGAACACGAGUAUUUGCACAGUUUUACACGGCACAGGAAUAUGAACAAUUUUUAACAAAUCUUGAAAGGGAAAGAGAAUUACGAUUACGUCUUUCAGAAUUAUUUCGUUAUCGAGAACAUGGUAUUACAAGACAUGAAGAAUGCGCUCAUUUCGAACAAGUGAUGGCACAAACUCAGGGACAAAAUGAUACCGUAGAUCAUUGGAAUGAAAAAAAAUCUGGCAGCAGUGGGCCGUCCACACCAAUACACCGCCACACCUCAAAAAAAAGAGAAGAAGAAAAAAGUUACUCUUCCACCGACCGAAAGUACAUUGCAAAAGACUUACCCAGCAGCAGCUUCUCAAUCAAUCAAACCAAUCCCAAUCGGAUGACGACUCUAGCCAAUCAGUGGGCGGAGCCGGAUAACAAUCCAAAUUCUUCCAGCCAGCAUUCUACCAGCUCCAGUUCUGCCGCAGAAAAAAAUUAUACUGCGACAACUUCUGGAAAAUCUUGCACAACAGCGGGAGACUCAGAGGAACGAGAUAUAGAAAUGGAAGCAGCAGCUCAUCUAUUGACAAAACAAGAAAAAUCUUUAUGUCUUCAACUUGAUCUGAAGCCAACACAGUAUUUAACACAAAAGACAUUGUUGUUGCAAGAAUAUCUAAAUGGUAAUAGAAGAUCAGGCGUUGUACCUCAAUCGGAACCAGAGAGUAAGAUAUUACAUUAUCUGGUAGCAAAUGGCUGGAUCGCGGCCAAUUGAUUAAACAUGUAAAAAAUUAACGACCAUUUCCAUUCUAAGUCACCUUUUAUUUUGCAAACUAAGUCCUAGAUAUAAUUAAAGUUUGAGUCUGAUUUAAUUAACAUAUAUAGGGCAGGUAGAGAGAGAAUGCGUGUGUAUAUAAUUUAAUAUGCAAAGACAUUCUUUACUUUUUUGUUUAAAUGAUAAAUAUUUAAAUGAAUGUAUUGGCGGAUAAAUUGUUAAGAACGAUAAAAAGUGUUUUUGAUUGACUUUUUUUAUUUCGUUAUAAAUUGACAAAGCACUAAUUUAGAUUAUCCGAAAAAUAAUUAUUUGAAAAAAUUUUUAUUAAGUUUUAUUGUUUUUAUUAAAUUAUUACGUCGUUUAUAACAAUGAUGACCGUCAAUUAUCAAUAUUGUUGAUUACUUUUUAAAAAUUCAAAUAUUAAAUUAUUAUCACCGUAUCGUGCAAAAUACUUCCGUGCGCUUCUGUACUUUAUUUUAAUAUUGUUAUCUUAAACUUCUGUUUGACUUUUAAUGUUAUAUUAGGAAUUAUUUAACACUUCUUAUCGAGAAAAUAUAUCUCUUACACUGCCUUUAUAGAGCCAUGAACAUAUUGCUCAAUUAAUUCUUCCACUAUAAUAUUUUCUUGUAGACUAUUAAUUGCACAUGCUCUUUUCUAUCUGUUUCAAAUGUGAUUUGUUACCAUACUUGACAAUAAGGAAACGAAACGAAGGAAGAAGUCACGUUGUAGUCGAGAUUUAUAGAUCGUUGUUUAAUACAACAUUUAAAUGAUUGAAACGUAUCCAUCCGGGAACUUAUCAUCAAUUGAUAUUUUAUGUAAUAGUAUUUGAAAGUUUCUGGCAGAAUACGUGUUAAAAUAUUUAAAUAAAAGGCACUUUAAAAUAUUUAUAUAGCUGAGAUUUUCUCAUGAAAGUAUUGAAUAUUUCUAGUUUAAUAAUAAGUAUAAUGUCCUUAAACUGUACACAUGUAUACAUACACACGCGUAAUGACACAGAUAUUUCUUCGUAUUCUUAAAAAUUUGUCCAUUAAAAAGAAAUCCUAAACGUUUUUCGCAUGCAUGAUUUUACGCGCAAACAAAUACAUUUUACUCCAUAGAUUCUUUAAAUAAUUUAAAGAAUAUUCCUUAUUGAUAAAGGAUGGUACAAAGAGCAGGUUAUAAGAGGACAUUUGUUAUUACCAUGAAGAUAAUAUGAUAUUAGGUAAUUUAUCUGUUGCCUGUGUAAUAUUUGUAAAUAUGAACGAAAAAUAGUACCUUCUUAGUGAUACUACUUUUAAAGCACAAAAGUAAUGGCGGCAUAACCUAAUGAUGCGUUAAGCAUAUUGUGUGAUAUUGGUGGUGUUCUGAGCCAAACAUGUAUUGCAGAAAAAGACACUUUAACGUUUUAGGAAAAUCAAUUAUUUUCCAUUGCUUCUAAUAAUAAUUAUCUAUAAUUUUAAAACUAUUAGAAAAUAAAAAAAAAAGAGGAGUAAUAUUUAUAUUAAAUUUGUGCAUUCUUAAUGCACAUCUAAGAAAACUCUUUGAUGUAGGCUAACAGCUUUUAUUUAAGUAUAAGCUGAAAGCUUCGAAAAAUAGCAGAGUUAAUUUGAUUAUAAGUUUUCAAAUAUUUGAAAAAUUAAAAGAAAGAAAAAAAAGAUUAAUCUUUUGCUUUAAUAUAAUUCAGUAUUUCCAAUAAUCCCCGCUUAUUAUUAAAUUUCGAAAAUGGCUUACAUUCGUGCGAGAGAUUAAAAUAAAAAUUUUAUCUAGUAUCAUUAUAUAGAUAUAAAAAAAAUGUGGAAAAAAUAUAUAUAUAUGUAUGUAUAUAUAUAUAUGUGUGUGUUUAUAUAUAUACAUAUAUAUAUAUACAUAUAUAUAUGUAUAUACAUAUAUAUAUAUAUAUAUAAAUAUAUAUGUAUAUAAAUAAAAAAAGAAACUGCUUACAAUUGUAAGUAAUUAUAAAAAAAAUCAUAUGUAUAAAAAGGAAAAAGAAGUCUUAAAAAAUACGUUUCAUUUUUAAAUAAUUAAUAACUUGUGGUAUAUUGCUUAAGCACUAGUUAAAUAACAAAAUAGGGAAAUAGCUGCUCAUAUUUUUUACGGAGAGUAGAAGACUAUUAUCCCUUUUGUUCGAUGUAAUUCUAUUUUCUGCCCUAAAUUUCCACGAAAGGGUAUAAUCAUUCUUCGAUAGAAAACGAUAGCUUUUUUGAAAACUUAUUCUAAUCACUUUUUUUUUUUUUUUAUUUACUUAUUUGGGGAACAACUUAAAAAAAUUAAUUCUAUGUUCUGUUUUUCAUUGCGUGAUUAUAUUCUUUGUUCAUAAUAGUUUGAAUUUUAUUUGUUGCUUCAUGGGACUUCCAUACUUUUAAGACACUUUCAAUGCAUAUUUUUUAUAAAUCAAAUAUUUUGAAAAUUUUUUAAGUUAAUUUUUUCUUCGGCUUUCUUUUUUUUUUUUUUUAUGAUUUCUAAUCGUUGGUGAUAAUUUGCACGGAUCGAUUUAUCCGUCGUUUGACUGUAAUAUUUCUAUAAGAAAUGGUCCAUUAAGAAUAGAGACUGUUCAAAUGAAUGAACAUAAACAAUGUUAUCUCGAACGAAGAGAACGAUACGCCUUCCUGUAGUUACUUAAAGAUAUAGUAAUUUAAAAAGUUCAAGAAAAUAAAGUUCAAUAUAAAAACAUUUCGGUGACCUUUAUAACAAAUUCACAAGCGUACUGUCGUUUAUAAAAUUUAGGGGAUAAAUUUGCACUGUUUUUUUUUAUUCCGUAUCGAAAAAUGAUGAAAUGUGAAAGUUUUUGGUUAAAAAAAAAAUGAGUGUGAUCAUUAAUUGAAGAGUGAGUGUAAUGGUUAUAAGGAUUCGAAAUGUUUUGAAGAAUUCAAUAGGAUUUCUAUUCUGGGAUGUAUUUGUAUAACAAACAACGAGUUUGUUACUCCUCAUUGUUCUAGAAGUAAUGGAAGAAUUAAUAUUUCAAAGCGAAAUGCUUUCUUGUACUUGAAUCAAACAGUCGUUGAAUGUAUAAAAUAAACUGUACAAUAGGUAUUUUCCCUUAAAA